GCUGCAGUGAAAUUGCGCAUGUUAACUGGCGGCACGCUUGAGUCCAAACGUGGAGUUUGUUUGAAAUGUUCUCCUGUUUGAAAAACAAAGUGGGGACGGUUCUCUUACCGGGAGAUGAAUUCUCCUUCGACACCGACGACACCAUUCCCCUGAAGAACCCCGCGAAGGCGGACAAGGUUGUGUGCGGUCCUGGUCUGAGACGCAGCGGGGAACGUCUGCUGGUUAGCAAGAGCGGAGUCCUGCGGCACAAACACCCCAACAUGUUCUGGAUGGACUCCCAGCAGAAGAGGUACGUACCCGCCAAAGGGGAGACGGUCAUCGGCGUGGUGACGACCAAGUCCGUGGACGUCUUCAAGGUGGACGUGGGAGGAAGCGAGCAGGCGUCCCUGUCCUACUUGGCGUUUGAGGGCGCCACCAAGAGGAACCGACCCAACGUGCAGGUGGGCGACCUGGUGUUUGGACAAUUCAUCGUGGCCAAUAAGGACAUGGAGGCGGAGCUAGUGUGUGUGGACAGUUCGGGACGAGCCAAUGGGAUGGGAGUGUUUGGCACGGGCGGUCUUCUCUUCAGGGCGUCCCUAGGUCUGGUCAGGAGGCUGCUGGCCCCCAACAGCGACCUGCGCCAGGAGCUGGAGCAGCUGUUCCCGUGCGAGCUGGUGGUGGGCAUGAACGGCCGCCUGUGGGUCAAGUCUGCCAGCGUGCAGCGGACCCUUGUCAUCGCCAACCUGCUGGAGAGCUGCGAGAACAUGACGCCGCCACAGAGGCGCCAGCUGUUCACCAGGGUGGCCCAGGGGGCCUUCUAGAUCUGCGUGAUGGCACGCCACUGAAAACUCUGGGCGCCCCCUGUUGACAGACUUCCGCUAAUUGAUGAGUUGCUUUUUUGUUGGUUUUUUUAUUGGCCUGCGAUACAUUCUAAAGACGAAAUAAAAACAUCCCGGAUUAGAACCAUA